AUGCAGUUCUCCAAGACUCUCGUCUCCCUGGCCGCUCUGGCCCUCGGCGCUCAAGCAGGCAUGCCCAUCGCGAGCGUGGAGUUCCAAUCAUGGGAAGAGAACUGCCCUAUCGGGUACCCCCCCAAUGGUGAGCCUAAGUUCAAGGCUGCUCUCACCGCGACCCCGGCCACCUGCGACAAGGCCACGGUGAACCGCCAGUGGGAUAUCGACUACUACUCCAUCAAGGCUAUCCUCGACACCAAGGACGCUUUCCUUUGCGAGGGUAUUGAGGUUUACAAUACGGAUGAUUGUUCCGGCGACGUCAAGUAUUGGGUGCCUUUCACGCACUCUCCCGUCGAACAGGGAAUCUGCGCACCCUAUGAUAGCCUCGACCCUGGCUUCCUCUCUGUUAGGUUGAUCUGUAGUCGCUACGGUGGUGCUGCUGCCGCUGCGCUUGCUGGCGGUUCUGGUGAUUCCGAAGGCUCCGAUGGCUUCUGA